UUUGGGUCGCCGCCUUGUGCACUUGUGAACACGAUGGGAGGCCAUUCAUGGUUGAAAACGAAGAGAAAAGAUCCAAUUUCUGAUUGAACAUGAUAGAAAAAUAAGAAAUUUAAAUUUUUUAUUUACAAAGUAUUGUUUCAUUUUCUUUUAAUAUUAUCCUUGGUUAUUUCUUUCUCUUACUUUUAUUCUAAAAAUCAUUUUUCAUGGAAAUACAUUCCUAAAACAACCAAACAACAAAAGAACCUUCAUAUACAUUAUUUUUCUUGGUAAAAUUUAUAAAAAAAGAAAAAGAAAAAUUGAGUUUUGAAUUAACUAACUUGAUUAACAGUUAAAGCAUUUAUUAAUAAAAAGGUAACGGUAACUAUAAUGAGGCGAAAAAGGUAAGGGAAAGACAUGCAUGCAUUGGCAAUGGUAAUGCGUGGAGAAGGGUUGUGGAAGCGAAUUGUGCGUUGAACGGCUGGUUUGCGUUUGAGAUGGAAGAGUGGAGAGUAACAAAAAAGAAGAACUUCAACAACUUUCUCUCUCCCCAUUCUGUCACCGUAUCCAUUGCCACUCCUUAUUUUGCAGAGUUUCCCCCGCAGAGAAUCAACCUGAGGAGAAUCCACAGCAACGGCAACAAUGUCUGUCAUCGACAUUCUCUUCCGCGUCGAUACCAUUUGUCACAAAUAUGACAAAUACGACAUCGACAAGCAGCGCGAGCAAAACGCCUAUGGCGACGACGCCUUUGCUCGCCUCUAUGCAGCUGUCGAAUCCAGCAUUCAGACCGCUCUCAACAAAUCGGAGGCUGCUUCCACGGAGACCAACAGGGCAGUUGCUGCGGCUUUGAAUGCGGAGGUUCGUCGGACAAAGGGUAGACUCAUGGACGAGAUUCCUAGACUGCGCAAAUUACUGCAUAAGAAGGUUAAAGGUCUCACAAAAGAGGAUAUGGCCAUUCGUCAGGAUCUUGUUCUGGCAUUGCCCGAGAGAAUCCAAGCAAUACCUGAUGGUAUUUCUGGUGCUUCUAUUCAAACUGCAGGAUGGACUGCUGACUCAUCACAGCCAUAUGUCAAGUUUGACUCAGAGGGACAACAUGAUACUGAAUAUUUCCAACAAAGUGAAGAAUCCAGUCAGUUCCGACAAGAGUAUGAGAUGCGCAGGAAGAAACAGGAUGAAGGACUUGAUAUCAUAUCGGAGGGAUUGGAUACCUUGAAGGAACUGGCCCAAGAUAUGAAUGAGGAAUUGGAUCGGCAAGUUCCACUAAUGGACGAAAUUGACAAAAAGGUGGAUAAGACAACAGCUGAACUGAGAAACACUAACGUGAAGCUGAAGAAAACUCUUAACGAGAUAAGGUCUAGUCGAAACUUUGUCAUCGACAUCAUUCUACUCUGUGUUCUUCUUGGAAUCGUUAUGUAUUUAUACAAGUAAGCUGCGAUUGUUUUCAUCAUAACAAAACUAAGCAAAAGUGUUUAUUAAUUUCUUUAUUUAUGCUAAUUCUGUACU